GACGUCUUGCACACCUUGGUCAGCGGCGACUCUGUCCGCUUCAACGUCGUCGAACACCAUGUCAGUUGCUUCGUCACUGCUGCAGGCGACGCGCCAAAUAUCCCGUCGAAGAUGUCUGCACUCGAGCGCGGUGCGCGCAGCGAUCACCAACUUCCAGAUGCCCGCCAUGUCACCGACAAUGACCGAGGGCGGGAUUGCUAGCUGGAAGGUCAAAGAGGGGGACUCGUUCUCCGCGGGGGACGUCCUUCUCGAAAUCGAAACAGACAAAGCGACCAUUGACGUAGAGGCCCAAGACGAGGGCAUCAUGGGCAAGAUUCUCGCACCAGACGGCACAAAAGCCAUCCCGGUCGGCAAAGUCAUCGCGCUCCUCGCCGAAGAGGGCGACGACAUCUCCAACCUCGAGCCCCCCAAGGAAGAGUCAUCUUCCCCCCCUCCUCCCAAGCCCCAGGCGCAGAGCCAACCACCCAGCGCGGCGGAGGCGAAGACCCCCGGGCCCUCUGCGCCCCCGCCGGCACCCAAACCCGCUAAACACAUCCCCCUCGACCCUUCCCGCCCGCUCUUCCCCUCCGUGCUGCGUCUCCUCCAGGAGAACGACGUCGACAUCAGCAAGGUGAAGGGCACGGGUGUGCGCGGGAUGCUCACUAAGGGAGACGUGCUCGCGUUCCUCGGCAAGGCGUCCAGCCCGACGGGGACGUACAAGGAGGUGCCGGGCUUGCCGGAGCUGAAGGCCAACAAGGAGAAGUCAGCGAAGGCGGAGGAGGUCAAG